UUCACCUCGAGGGGAAGAAAACCACGAGGAGAAAACGCUCAUUGAUUUCUGUGUGUGUGUGUGUGUGUGUGUGUGUGUGAGUAUAUUUCAUGGCAAAUAAUGCUGCACGUUUGGUGUUUUCUGUGUCUCGUAAUGUGUGUUUUUGUGUUUUUGUAUGGAGCGUUCACGCACAGAGCUGCAGGCCCUCACCAGAGUCCAUACGAGAUUUUAAGUCUUUCUUUUUCUCUCUCUUUUAGCCGCACAUUGCCGGAGAACAUGACAUCUGUGAAUGUUGCAGGACAAGCCCUUCAAUGCGGGCCAUUGUUCGGCACACCAUUUAUCUUCGUUUCGCUGCACUUCACUGGCCCGUUAGGUCGAGGAGGAGUUUUAGUUUUCCGGGAGAAAUGUGAGGAGAGUUCCUCAUCAAACGGCUCCAACAGGCUCCCAGCAUACUGGAGACCGGAGAAUCUGGUGAGAAGAUGGAAAAAGCCAGAAGCUGCAGGGCUCUCUGGAAACCUGCCAUGACAUUUGGCUGCCAGCGCUCCGUCAGAAGGUCAAAGGUGCACAUUUAAUGGAAAUGCAGAAAACCAGUGCGACCCAAAACACCCAGAAGCACCACGACUUCUUCUUCAACGAGUCUUUGGUGGAGGAUGUCAGCGGGUGUGGGUGCGCAGCCGCACACCAACAAUUGGCGCAGGAGACGUUUGAGCGCACGUUUCCCUGGAGGUCAAAACAGCAAAACCCCAAGUUUGCUGUGAGCAAAAAGAUUUUCCCCUGGAUGAAAGAGUCCAGACACUCAGAUCAGAACCCUGGCAGGAGAACCGCAGACUGCACCGUCAACGAGAAGUGUCCAAGCGCGAUCCCGCCGGCCCCCAAGAGGACGCGCACCGCGUACACGAGCGCGCAACUGGUGGAGCUGGAGAAGGAGUUCCACUUCAGCCGCUACCUGUGCAAGCCGCGGCGGGUGGAGAUGGCCAGCCUGCUCAACCUCCACGAGAGGCAGAUCAAGAUUUGGUUUCAGAACCGGAGGAUGAAGCAGAAGAAGGACGAGAGAGAGCAGGGCCUCGCCACCCCUCCGUCCUCCCCCUCCGCCCCGGGCAGCCCCACUCUGUCGAGCCUGGGUUAUGUCCAUCUGGGCGGGGAUUACCAGCCGGCCUCCCCUCCGCUCAAGUCCCAACAACAACACCAGUCCCAGGCAGCGUACCCGGCAGAAUACUCCAAAUACCCAGCUCCAGGCUUCACGCACGAGCCGCAGUUUAAUGUGCAGUACGACAUGCACACCACCUCACGCACAGCAGACCCAAAUGCGGAUCUUAACGGGUCGUUUUUCUCCCAAAGCUGCACUCAAGACAGAAUCAUGCAAGCUCCAAAACUGACUCAUCUGUAGCAGAAACAUGUGAUUUCCUCGACUCUCCACAAAACAACUUUCCACUUAAUUUUUAGAAGAUCUGUCUUCAUGCAUGCAGCUAUUUUAUGAUUUAUUUAUUGGACUAAUUAAUCUAAAUAUUAGUCUCAAAUUUGUAUUUUUACACAUGUAUUUAUUUUAUAUCAACUGUUGUGUUAACUUUCACGCAUGGGCCUCUUUUAAAUUAUUUUCCGGAGACAUGCAGCCCUGUGUAUCUUAGGUUGAAAUGUCCCUGCUGUUAUUUCAGCUACAUACAUAAACACAAUUUGUUGAGAUUUCCCCCACCAGACUCUCCACAGUAAAUACUCCUCUACGAAAGGACGACUGUAAUGCAGCCAAAACGUUGAAAUAAAUGGCAACUUUCCUUGUUUUUUGUUAAAGCUUAAUUAGCACUUGAGGUCUAUCACAUCACAUGAACUCUUACUUAAUUACAGGGGAUGAGUGUGGAUGUGAGAGUUUCUUUUUAUUGAAAGAUAUUAUAUUAUA